GAAUAUUAUUCCUAUCCCACUCUCUUGACGUUCUCAAAGAUUAUCGUAAGGAGAGAAAACAUUUGGAUUACUCGACGGUGACUAUCCGGUGAUCAAAGCACAAGAAUAUUUUUGAAAACAUGAAGCGGAUAGCGAAGGUUGCGUCACAGAAGGCGGUGGUGAUAUUCAGCAAGAGCUCGUGUUGCAUGAGCCAUGCAAUUAAGAGACUCUUUUACGAUCAAGGUGUCAGCCCGGCCGUGUACGAGCUCGACCAGGACUCGAGAGGAAAAGAGAUCGAAUGGGCCCUUCGGCGCCUCGGCUGCAACCCCGCUGUCCCCGCCGUCUUCAUCGGUGGCCAAUUCAUCGGCACCGCCAAUGCCAUCAUCACCCUUCACCUUAAUGGCUGUCUCGAUAAAUUGUUGAAGGAAGCCGGAGCACUUUGGCUCUGAUAUUCUCCUACACAACUACACAUCGAUCAAUAAUAAGACUAGAGAAGUUCUUUUCUAUUGAU